UUCGUUUUUAUUUCAGAGUUGAAUAAUGCCGUUUUCUAUCCCCGAGCUACCAAACUCAGUGAAAUCUGAUAUUCGACAACUCUUCAGACAUCCAUACUAUCUAGUAAACAUAUCACUAUGUUUAUCCUUCAUCUUCGUAAAACUCACUCACCCCUUCUGUGAUUAUCUCUUCCCCGUCGGUCCGGAGCAAUGUGAGCUUGAUAUGAGAGAAACGGAGAUCUUAUUCUUCCUACUUGUUGUUAUCAUGAUCAGAUCAAGGAAAACUGGUUCUGUUACCAUGAUCUCCUACAUGUCCUCCGGUUUCAUGUACGCGAAGGUGGCAAACCUCAUUCUUUUCUUCCUUGCAGACCCCAGACUUGGACUAGUUUACCUCAUCUGCUUUCUACUCCAGGGUAUGCUACUACCUGAACCUACCUACAAGGGUCCUGAGAGUAUUGUUUACUUCAGAGGAAAUUCUAUUCAUGAAGAGCUAAUGAGGGAUACUAAGGUGACGUGGUUGAUCUGUUUCUACGCUGUCUGGUCUCCUGCCUGUAUAAACUUCCAACAUAUCUUCUCUAAACUGUCCGCCAGCUAUUCUACUCAAACUCUCAAGUUCGGAAAGGUCGAUGUCGGAAGGUUUGCUGAUUUGGCUGCAGAGUUUCACAUCAAUGCAUCCAGUCUCUCCAGGCAGCUCCCAACUGUUAUAUUAUUUCAAGAGGGCAAGGAGGUUGGUCGUGUCCCCCCAAUCAUCAACGGCAAGGUGUCCAAGUUCUUCUUCAAGGAGGAGGAUAUGGUCUCCGCCUUCGACCUCAAUAACCUCUACGCCAAGAGUAAGGAGAAGAAGCCGACACCUGCCCCCACAGUGGAGGAGAAGAAGAAGAACUAGAAGAAAAGAAAGGAGAGGUUUAUGAUCUCAAUACUCGGUAUGGGCAUCAAUAUUAGGGCAUGACGCCAAGGAAACUAGGAACCUAAUUCGUAGCUAUGAUAAUGUAGAGGAUAAGGGAGUAUUGAAUUUACACUCAAUAAUAACGUAUUUGGACAAUUCAGGAACUAGUAAGUCUGUGAUCAAACCAAAAGAAAGAGAUAUUUGAACACUUCUUGUUUUUCCAUCCACGUUAAAUCAAAGUUGUUUACCAAGAAACUUGUUCGUGAAUGGUCCAAAAA